UAAUGGAACACGCAUGCGCAGAUGAUCUGUUUUCAAAUGGUGUACGCGCUAGCGGUUGUACAACUGCGCAUCACAUUUGUUUGUCGUUUUUAAGUUUAUCUUCAAUCAGUAGUUAUAACGAUGGAUUUGGACAGUGGAACAUACGAGCCGGGAUUCGUUGGGAUACGAUUUUGUCAAGAAUGUAACAACAUGUUGUAUCCCAAAGAAGACAAGGAGAACCGUGUCCUGCUUUACGCGUGCAGGAACUGUGACUACCAACAAGAGGCAGACAACAGCUGUAUCUACGUUAAUAAGAUCACCCAUGAGGUUGAUGAAUUAACGCAGAUCAUCGCUGAUGUGUCCCAGGAUCCAACACUACCAAGGACAGAGGACCACCCUUGUCCCAAUCAUCACAACCACAAGAAUCAAGACAACGCACAACUUGCUGACUGUAUAUGGACAUUUCCAUUUUCUGUUUUCAAGGUAGUGUGAAAUUUUUUGAGAGUUUUGGUCACAUGUUAAUUAAAGUCAAAAUAACCAGGUCAAUAUCUUGCACUACAAAGUUUAACUGGGGAUGUCAAGAAUCUGUAACUGACUGUCAAAUAUAUACACUCAUACAUGUAGGAGCAGGAGCAAUGUGGAAGUUGCAAAAAGUACACUGCCUACAUUUGAAGUUCAUUAGUUCGACUUCAUUAUAUCCUUGGGGAUAUUCUUUUUCACUGCACUGUACAUAUAUCAUUACACAACCAAGACAGGCAAAGAUACAACACACGCACACAUAACACUAGAUAACACAAAUGAGGAAUUAAUUAUGAUGAAUGAUGGGAGACCAUGAGGACAAGAUGUUCAGGGAGGCUGCUAUGUGUAAGACAUUUGCCAAAGCGGGCCCUUCUGCACCUCAAGGGCGUGGGCCUGUGUCCAGAGGACAGAGCAGUGAAGUGUCGGUUAAGUGGGUGUGUGAUAAUCUCUGCUUUUGUGUUGGUAAUUUGUGUGAUGGCCUUACAGUUGAGCACAUGGAGGUUGGGUUUGAGAAGACCUGUUGUGUUGGCAUGUUAAAGAAACAGGUGGAGCAGUAGAGCAGAAUGGAAUGAAGAAUGCUAAGGUACAAUCAUAGGAGGAGAUUUUUUGGGGGGGGCAUAGACAUAACAUUUAAGGACUACUGAUGGUCCUUGACACCUUUUUUGAAUGUCCUUUGUGUGCUGUUAACAGAACAAUGUGAGUCUGACAUAUUUAAAGAUGUCAACCUUUUCAACUGUUUCCUUUAUGAGGAUGGGGUGCUGAGGUGAUGAGGAAGACUUGACCUUUUCUUCCCACAAGAGUACCAGCAUUUGUAUCCCUAGAGCACAGAUUAGUCCUUCUGGACUAUAACUGUUCAUGAAAUUAGGCAUUGUGACAUUGAUCAGAUGAAAUAUUUUCUAAUCCUCUGAACAUACCCU